CGGUGACAAUGAGUUUAGCCAUGCUAAGGACGGUUUAAUAGUUUAUUUUUUGUUUGACUCCAUUGUUGACUCUCUCCAAAUAUAUGUAUAUAUAUAUCUCUGUUUCCCACUCUGUAGCGUUUUCCAUUUUUCCUUCUUAGAUUGUUCUUCUUUUUCUGUUGGCUUGUUAAUGUGAGAGUAAUUAACUAGUGCAAUUGCUUGUCUUUCACUGCCUCAACCAAAUAUCUCUCAAUCUUCGUCUCUUUCAUUUAAUUCUAUUUUCCCUUCAUUUUCCAGUUCUUUCCUGCUCUUUAUUUGGUAUCUUUGCACUGCUUUGAGUGGUGCACUCCUGGUUCUUCCUUUGUACGCUUCCUUUGUACGCUUUCUGGGUAUUUUUUGGAUUCUUACUUUAUUCUGGAAACCUGUUUCUUUUUUCAGGUAAUAGUGAAAGGAUUCGCUGCGACUAAUUUAUUUAUAAUUUUUUCUUGCUAAAGUUGAAAAUUAGUAGUAUAUUUUUUUAGUUAAAUAAGUUGAUUCUUUGUUUCCUAUAUGGUGCCAUUGAUUUAACGGAGAUGUUAUUCCAAGCUACUUUAACAGCUGUUUAUAUUUGAUUAAUGAAAAGUCUCACUUUUUAAAUGGUUUUGACGGAAAAUUAAAGUAAUGGCGGAGGGAAACGGUGGAGGAAGACAAGUGGUGAUUAAUGUUGCCGGUGAAGGGCUAAAAGGGUCUUCUCCAAAAGAAGCAGAGGCAUUGAACCCUAAGCAAAAUUCUCAAGGUGCACCCAACAAAGCUUCGACUGAAUCUGGUGCUGUUACUGCAAGUAAGCCACCAAAAGCCCCAGUUGCAGGUAAUGAACCUCUUCUUAGACGAAGGUCAUUUGUUAAACCCAAGUCAAGAUUUGGAGAACAAUAUUAUAUCCCUGAAUCUGAUGAAAUGGAAGAAACUAAUUUAGCUAAUCAAGAACAAGUUGGUUGUAAUUCUCCUUAUAGACACCCCAUCAACAAGGCCUCCCCUAAUAACAAGUCGGCUAGAAGUAUUAGGACGGACUCUGCUGUGUCGAAAACGUUAUCGAUGGCUUCUAAAGGCUCCACUGGGGAAAAUGAAAAUGAGGAGAUAAUUAAGAAAGUUAAACAGCAUAAAGAGCAGCAUAAGGGAGUGAAAGCUAAGGUUGUGAUUGAGUGGGUUGUAUUUUUGUUGCUCAUAGGGUGCUUAAUAGCUAGUUUAACAGUAGGUGAAGAAAAGAAUAUCCUUUUAUGGGGUUUGGAAAUUUGGAAAUGGUGUGUACUUGUGGUGGUUAUAUUCUGCGGUAUGUUGGUUACUCGUUGGUUUAUGCAUCUAGUUGUCUUCUUGAUCGAGAUUAACUUUUUGCUUCGGAAGAAAGUGCUAUACUUCGUUCACGGUUUAAAGAAGAUUGUUCAGGUGUUCAUUUGGCUGAGUAUAGUACUUCUUACUUGGGUUCUUCUCUUUCUUGAUGUUGAGAGAUCGAAGACUGCCUCAAAGAUUCUAGAUUAUGUGACGUGGACUCUAGUGAGCAUCCUCAUUGGAGCAUUUUUGUGGUUGUUGAAGACUUUGAUGUUAAAGAUUCUGGCUUCGAAUUUCCAUAUGAACAAGUUCUUUGACAGAAUACAAGAAUCAGUCUUCCAUCACUACAUACUUAGGACCCUUUCGGGACCACCAUUUAUGGAGAUUGAUGGGAUUCAAAAACCACCGGCUCAUUUGAUUGUUAGCAAUGCAAAAAAGGGUAAAGAACCAAAAACAAAAAGGUUGAUUGACAUGGGAAAAGUCCAUAGAUUGAAGCGAGAAAAAGUUUCAGCUUGGCAUAUGAAGGUGUUGGUAGAUGCCAUCACGAAUUCAGGGCUUUCAACAGUCUCCGAAACAUUAGAGGAAAGUGCGUAUAAUGGUGGCAAAGAAGCAGAACAGGAAAUUACUAAUGAGGAGGAGGCACAAUAUGUUGCUCAUCAAAUUUUUGCACACGUUGCACAACAUGAUAGUAAUCAAAAUCGCAAUUACAUUGACGAGGAUGACCUCUUAAGAUUCAUGAUUAAGGAGGAGGUGGAUCUUGUGUUUCCUUUGUUCGAAGGAUCUAGCACUGGAAAAAUUGAUAGAAAAAGUUUCACAAACUGGGUGGUAAAGGUUUACACGGAUCGGAAAACACUAGUACAUGCUUUGAGUGACACCAAAACAGCCGUAAAGCAGUUGAAUACACUCGUGACAGUGAUCCUAAUUAUUGUUACUGUCAUCAUAUGGCUUCUUUUGCUGGAAAUUGCAACCACGAAACUGCUUUUGCUCCUUUCAUCGCAGCUUGUAGUGGCUGCUUUUAUGUUCGGAAACACCUGCAAGACUAUCUUUGAAGCUAUAGUAUUUGUGUUUGUGAUGCAUCCUUUUGAUGUCGGCGAUCGUUGUGUGGUUGAUGGUGUUCAGUUGCUGGUCGAGGAGAUGAAUAUUUUAACGACCGUCUUCCUGAAACUUGAUAAUGAAAAGGUGUACUAUCCGAAUUCAGUUUUGGCUACAAAGCCCAUCAGCAACUAUUAUAGAAGCCCGGAUAUGGGUGAUACAAUAGAGUUCUCGAUUGAUUUUUUGACCCCAGCAAAGACAAUAGGCAGGCUGAAAGAAGAGAUAAAGAAGCAUUUGGAAGCUAAUACCCUGUGGCGUCCUAAUCACCUUGUGGUGGUGAAGGAAAUCGAGAAUGUGAAUAAGUUAAAGAUGGCUCUCUUUUGUAAUCACACGAUGAACUUCCAGGACUUUAGAGAGAAGAACAGGCGUAGAACCGAACUGGUUCUUGAGCUGAAAAGAAUUUUUGAGGAGCUGGGUAUACGAUACAAUCUUCUUCCUCAGCAUGUGAAUCUCAACCAGGUCAAUCAAGACAGGCCGGAUGCAACCUAUGCGACCCCUUGGUCAUGAUCGCGUAUUAUAGGGAUGAAAUGGGCUGACACUGUUAUCCGGAGCUUAGGACAGGAGUGGUAAGUAAUGAAGCCCGUUCAGCUGUUGUAAUCUAACUUGAACCAAGUGCAUUUUCAGAUUUAAGAUUACUAGUAUCGAAGACUUUUAAGACCUAUGAUGCUAUGCCGAUUUGAAGAUUAAUUUUCCUCAUGUUUAACAGUCUUGAGCUCUAUUAUUAAAUGUCAAACUCAACCUCUAUUCAUCAUCAAUUUGCCAAUAUAUUUCUAUCACAUAACCUACAAACAAAUUACAAAAGGGAAUAUUUACAUCUUUCUAUCAAAUUCCCAAUAUGUAUCGCCAUGGUUAAUAAUUGUAGUUUGAAGGUACUGCCCUCAAAUAUCUUGGUUGAUUGAAACCAUCUGCUUCCGAUUUAAUCAGCGUGGACGAUAAGCUAAGCAAACAGAUAAGCUUAAUAAUAUUCCUUUAAAAUAUACCAAGUACACUAAACACGACCAAAAUCCACCUCAUUCGCGAAAUAGUAAUCCGUACAGGCAGAAAUCUAGUGAUCUCCUUUAACUAAAUAGUUGAAAACUUGAGUGAAACACUACAUUCAAGGCUCAUUUGGGGUGGGCUCUAAACCACAACAGGAACCUCGAUAUUGGUUGGGGGAGCAAGCGGUUCAAAGUCUUUCUUUUCUGUAUACUCUUCCUCUUCCUUGGGAGGGUGGAUG